AUGCAGAUCGGGCAGUGGCUGUACCUCUCCGGGCUGGUGUUUGCCGUGCUGAUCCCCGCAGGGUGGCAGAUGGGCCCCGAGGAUUUGGGUGACACCUCCAGAUGGCAGUCGUACGAAGCCCGAAACGCCCAAAGCUUCGCCUCCAACAUCAAGCGGCACUCGGAAGGCACCUUCAGCAGCGACUUCACCCACUACCUGGACAAGAUGAAGGCCAAGGACUUUGUGCACUGGCUCAUCAACACCAAGCGCUACAGGUAA